AUGAAAUCUGGUCGCGAAGAGAAAAAGCUUAUUGUUGGAGUGGAUUAUGGAACGACGCAUUCCGGGGUUUCCUACGUAUGGUCAACCGCCGUGGGCAUAGAAAGUGUUCACCUUAUUGACGAAUGGGGUACCAGUGAGAGGACCGUUGGGGGAGCAGGGUAUUACAAACAAGUACCGUCUAGAAUUGCCUACGAACCGGAACUUUCAUGGGGUUACGACAUUGAACCUGGUGUCGAGACCUACUGCUGGACCAAGCUACUGCUUGACAGGUUCGCGACUCACUCCAAGUACGAUGACUCGUCUCUCAAGUCCAUCCACGGCCCUGGUCUACUUCUUACUCCCCCAGGUAAAUCACCCGAGGAGGUCGUCACGGACUUUCUGGCCCAGCUGUACUUGCAUGUGAUGUCGCGACUGAAGGAUAAACUUGGAACGGUUGUCGAUCUUACCCCAAUUGAGUUCUGGUUUACUCUCCCGGCUCUGUGGAGUCUUCGAGCCGAAGACUCGACCAAGAAGGCUGCUAUUGAUGCUGGCUUUGAGUCACGGAAUGGUGACUCAAUAAGGAUGGUUCGCGAACCUGAAGCUGGAGCAAUUGCUUGCCUAAGCGAAUUGAUCAAGGAUGGCGAGAACCCACUAGUCAAGGCUUAG